ACACCCACAACACUUAUCUCUGAAGGUCAAGGGAACGUCAUUACUGAGGUCCUUUUGGGCCUUUUUCGAGACCUAACCCUAAUAUGUGCCCUCAUUUCAGAACUAAGCCCUUUAUAUCGCUUAUCGAAAUCGAAAACCUACUUUGAACAGUGCUUUGAUGUGAUCGGAAUCCUGGGAAAUGGCUCGUUUGGGCAGGUUCUACAUGUGAGAAGUAAAGAUACUGGUGAAGAAUACGCUGUGAAAAGAGCUCUACGUACAUUUGAAUCGUCCGGCAAGAGAUAUCGUCAACUACAAGAAGCUCUAAAUCACGAGACAGUCUCUCCGCAUCCCAACAUUGUUCAGUUCGAGAGAGCAUGGGAAGAAAGAGGGCGGUUUUACAUUCAAACUGAAUUGUGCGGCGCGAAUUUGCACGACUAUCGAGCUCACUACGGACCCCUUGUCGAGAGUGAACAAUGGACUGUGUUCGAAGACACACUCAAGGCAUUGGAACGACUCCACUCAGAAGACAUGCUACAUUUGGAUGUGAAACCGUCAAAUAUCUACCUUUCUCUGGAUAAACGUUCAUGUAAAUUGGGAGAUUUUGGUUUGGCAAUCAAUUUGAAGAAGGUAGCAGCUGACUGGGCUGAUGACGGAGACAAGAAUUACAUGGCCCCUGAACUUCUGAACGAAUCACCGACAACCGCUGCCGAUAUGUUCAGCCUGGGAAUCACGAUGUUAGAGGUGAGUGUAGCAGUUGAUCUCCACGACGAAAUCAUGUCCCUACUGAACCAAAGCCCUGAAGAACGCCCAACUGCUACAGAAAUUUUGGGGAGGAUAGGAUUGCCAGAAAGGCAGCGAGCAGUGUUCAAGAAGCUGGAAAAGGUGAGCGAGCAUACUGCCUUCCCGCAACUCUUCAAUGUUAUGAGAGCGGGACUGUGGGAUUCGAAGGGAGCAUUUAGGUAG